AUGUCGGCCUGUCAUCAGAAACCACAGUCCCUGGAACCUCCUCACCAACUUAACCUACAGACCUGUUCCCCAUUCCCUUAUCUGCUCCCCGGUAUUGAUACCAGCCCACCUCCCCUCAGACAGCUGCCAUGUCGCCUCCCUGCUUGUGCUCCUACCACCAGCCGUUGCUCAUCCAUUGUCAAGAAAGGCAAAAUUUUUGAGUUGUUGGUCAUCUGUGUCGGGGCAGGGCCUGAGACUGCUUUGAAAAUCACCUCUGGAACAGCAGUCACUGUUACUGCUGACUUGAACUGUCAUCUGGUCAGAGGGAAGCUAUUCGUUUUAAGGAGGACAGACAUCAGAGCUUCCUUGCUGAUGGCGGUUCUUCUCAUGGUCGUUUAUCUCUGCAGUGAUUCUACUGACCAUGAAGCCAUCUGGCUCCAAGCAGAUGUGACAGAGGAUGGCAGUCAAAAAAAGGCACCCACCAAAAAUGCCUCUCAUCUAUCCUCCUGGCUAAGAUGUCAACAAAACACAUCUGCCGCCAGAAUCGCAGACUUCAGCUCACUUCCUCCUAAUAUGCAAGACUUUCUCUACUAUCAGCACUGUCGACAUUUUCCCAUGCUGCUGGACGUUCCUGACAAAUGUGAAGAAAGUAAUGGACCCACAGAAGUCUUCCUUUUACUGGUUAUUAAAAGCUCACCUGUGAACCAUGACCGCCGAGAGGUGCUGCGCAAAACAUGGGCCAAAGAAAGGUUAUACAGUGGUGUGUGGAUCCGGAGGCUUUUCAUCUCAGGAACGGCGAAUGGUGGUUUUGAGAGAAUGAGGCUGAACAAAGUCCUUGAACUGGAGCAACGUGAGUAUAAUGACAUUCUGCAGUGGGACUUCAAUGACUCAUUCCACAACCUCACCUUGAAGCAGAUACUCUUCCUAGAAUGGAUGGAAAGAAACUGUCCGCAUGUUCGCUUCCUGCUAAAUGGUGACGAUGACGUCUUUGCCAACACAGACAACAUGGUUGAGUAUCUCCAAAGCCUUAGUGACAAUGAUGGAAGCAAGCACCUCUUUACCGGACACCUGUUCAAAAACGCUGGACCCAAUCGAUGGGCGGGGAGUAAGUAUUUUAUCCCUGUUCAGGUGCAGGAGGAGGACUCAUAUCCCCCCUACUGUGGUGGUGGGGGCUUCCUCAUGUCUGGCUAUACAGCUUUGGUCAUAUAUAGAAUGUCCCGGUCAAUCACCAUUCAUCCCAUUGAUGAUGUUUACAUGGGAAAGUGCCUGGCCAAAGCAGGACUUAGUCCUGGUUCUCAUAUUGGUGUGAUGACAAGAGGGAUGUACAUUCCCUCCAGCAAAAUCGAUGAACAUGACCCUUGCUAUUACAGAGAAGUUCUGCUUGUUCACAGAUUCUUUUCAGCUCAUCUGUAUCUUAUGUGGCACAGAAUACAUGACCCUAAUCUGAAAUGCCCCAGCAAAUAG